AUGUACGGUAUGUCCUGCGUCCGCUACCAGCCGUUUGAGUCGACCGAUGCGGCCCUCGCUGCCCUGAUCUCGAGGUACAACGUGCCAGUUGCGGUGCUAGUGCUCGCCACCUCGGAGCCGCUCAACCAGCUCGUCCUGUUCUAUGCCCCCCACCGCCCGAUCGAUGCGUACGCCCUCGCCGCACACCACGGCUUCGAGGAGAUCGCUAUCGCUCUCGCCGUCAAGAUCGGCCCCAUAUACCUCAGCUGGCUGUGCACGCGUCAGCAGUCACGGCUCUACGCGCUCCGAAAUAUCGUCCUGCGCCCCCCGGCCGACCACCCGCCCACCCCGAAAUGCACCAAGGAUGUGCGCCGUGAGCUCUAG